AGCUAUUGGAAACAAAGCUGCUAAAUAAACUAACGCUUUAUUUUAGGAAUAUUUUAACUAAGGUAUCUCCUUCAAAAUUAAUCUCUGUAUCCAAAUAGGCUUUCUUUGACCAAGUUCUAGCACAGGGUCUUACACAUGUUAAAUGUCCAGUCAGUAGUAAGUGGAUGAAUAAAUGAACAAAAACAAUUUUCUGCACCUAUUAUUUGCAUAAUGGUCAUCACAUAUAUACAUAUAGCACUGUGUGUGACUUUGCCACAACUCUUUUUAGCUAUUGUAACCUCCCUUUUUUAUAGAUGAAUAAAUGAAGUACAGAGUGGUAAUAGAAUUUUUCAUUAUACCAGGGAUGGAAAAUUGAUUUUUUUCUUGCAGAAUAGAGUCAAUCAUUGGUGGUAGAUACCUGAAUUUAGGUAGUAGUUUCUACCUGGAUAGCAGAUACUGGAGUAGUUAGUUCUACUGAGAAAGCCUAGAAGAUGCACCUGUACUCAUUGUGAAAAACUGCCAUAUUGAAUUACUCUUGUCUGCUCUGAGUCUGAAAUGGAGGACUGGUAGCAUUCAUGUUUAGGAUUUUAAAUCUCUACACUACAUGCAUAUGCCCUACAGAGAUAGAUCACUAUAGGUUUGUCUAUUUGGCACUUUAGAUUCUGUAAUGAGUAUUCAGCAAUCAUUUUUCUUCUGUGUGUGUGUGUGUGUGUUUUUGGAUCCCUGCAUUUUUUAAAAGGCCCCUUAAAUUACUUUUAUGAUUUACUAAUUCAUUUUAAUUGAGUUUCCUUUCAUAUAGUUAGAACUUUGAUUAACUAGUCUUGAUAGAGUGGAUCAAUGUGAUGUUCUGCAGAAUGUCCAGCUAUUGCAGGUCCUUUUGAAAUAUGACAGACAAUAGGUGAGUGAAUAGAGCAAUGAGAGAAUUCUAUAAAAUCCAUUGUUUUCUCUCCCAAGCAAAUUGGAAUUUUAAUGCUGUUUUUUCUUUCAGGUAUAGAAAAGAAAGCAUUCAUCCACUGGAGGCUGCAUAUAAUUUAAAUAAGGCAGUGUUAAUUUGCUUUUGCAAAAAUACUGCAACUGUCACAGAAGCUAUAAUUGGGGUUUACUUUAUAGUAGCUUAGUGUCAUCCCCUAAAAUCAUAACAUCUUUCUGGUUUGGGUAGAGGCUGUACUGGUGAUUAGAGGGGGUUCAUGAUGAGGCCAUCACCCCUAUAUCUUUUACUUUCUUAGGAUGCUUGAGGAUGGUAAUAAUCUCUACUGUUUCUCCUAAUAUGCUUUCUUCUUCUCCUCUCCCUACUUCCCCUUCCUCUUCUUUUUCUUUUUUUACUAUUUCAUCUGAAGGAGAGGAGGGAGAGAUUUCAGAAGCUCCUACUUGCCCUUCAUUGUUACAGUAGCUCCUACAUUACAAGUCAAGGAACCAAUAAGCAGAAACAUCCCAGUUAUCUGGACUCCCUGAGUUUGUUAAAAUAGUAGAAGUUGGGCCUAGGGAUGGAUUGCAGAAUGAAAAGGUUAUAGUUCCUACAGAUACAAAAAUUGAAUUUAUCAAUCGACUUUCCCAAACUGGCUUGUCUGUAAUAGAAGUGACUAGCUUUGUGUCUUCCAGAUGGGUACCACAGAUGGCUGAUCACACUGAAGUAAUGAAAGGCAUUCAUCAAUAUCCAGGAGUUCGCUAUCCUGUCCUUACUCCUAAUCUUCAGGGUUUUCACCGUGCUGUUGCUGCUGGAGCUACUGAGAUAUCAGUUUUUGGAGCUGCAUCUGAAUCCUUUAGCAAGAAGAAUAUUAACUGUUCCAUUGAAGAAAGUAUGGGAAAGUUUGAGGAGGUUGUUAAGUCUGCAAGACACAUGAAUAUUCCAGCACGAGGGUAUGUGUCUUGUGCUCUGGGCUGUCCAUAUGAAGGAAUUAUUACACCGCAAAAAGUGACAGAAGUGUCUAAGAGAUUGUACAGCAUGGGUUGUUAUGAGAUCUCUCUAGGAGACACAAUUGGAGUGGGAACUCCAGGAAGUAUGAAAAGAAUGUUGGAAAGUGUGAUGAAAGAAAUCCCACUGGGUGCUCUUGCUGUUCACUGUCAUGACACCUACGGACAAGCCUUAGCAAAUAUCCUUACGGCCCUUCAGAUGGGAAUCAAUGUGGUGGAUUCUGCAGUAUCCGGAUUAGGCGGCUGCCCUUAUGCAAAAGGUGCUUCUGGGAAUGUAGCCACUGAGGAUUUGAUAUAUAUGCUUAAUGGCCUGGGGCUCAAUACAGGUGUGAAUCUAUACAAAGUGAUGGAAGCUGGUGACUUUAUUUGCAAAGCUGUGAAUAAAACCACAAACUCUAAAGUAGCACAAGCCUCCUUCAAUGCUUGACUUGAAUGGAUUUAUGAUCUACAGUUGAGAAGAUCAAUUUCAGCUACAGUACUCAUCUGAAAAUCAUUAGUGUCAACUUGCUCUGAUAUGUGAAGUAAUAGACAAGAGUGGGAAAAAAGAGAUCCUUUUCAAAAAAAUUAUAACUGGAUAGAUUAAGUCAACAAAAAGCAGUAUCAGUCAUCAGGUAAAUUGCAAGCUGAGGAUAAAUAAUAAAACUUGUCCUAUUUUGAACUUGGAAAAAAGUCUCUUUUGCUCUUGUAGAAAUAACUUUUUAAUUUAGAUGGGAAAAUUGAGUUCAUAUUUCCCCAAGUAUCAAAUACUGUGUUAAUACUUAAUCAGGCAGGCUUAACACAGUGUACAUACCGUCAGUAGUUUAUGAGCUCCUGCAUAGUAUGCAGAGUGUGUGGCCUCAAUAUUAUGCAUUAUGCCUCUGGAUCUCAACUAUUCAUUUGCCAAGUCAGUUAAGUUAUGGACCAAAAGCCAAAUCUCCAUCUGACCCUACAUAAUUUUAGCAAUAGAACUUUUAUAUUUCGAGUAUGGCUAACAUCUGUUAACUAUUUCAGUGACUUUAUCUGGUUCCAAGAGGCUGUGGCCAAUGGCAAGAUGCCAUAUCCUGGAAACAUAUUACGACCUCCCAUGUUUGUUACAUGCAUCCAGUUUACCAUACUUUACCUAUCAUCAGUUAUAGUAAAAAUCAGCAUGGAGUUACUCAGCUAUUGAGAAAUUGUAGGCUAUUAUUUUGGUCCUGAUGUCUAAAUUGCAAUGAUAAGAAUAGGUUGAUACAUAUAUCGUCAUCUACCCUUAUAAUUUUCAGAUCACUUUCAAUUCGCACAAGGAAAUAUCGUUGUGAUCCUAAGAAUAUUAAGAUAAUUUUUGGUUAAUGAAAUACCUAUUUUCCUUUGAUUCAUGGUGCUUUGAUUACAUCACAUGAUUUUUUGGUGUAUUUUUAGUGGUUAUUUUAAAAGUUGAAGUGACUGAAAUGUUGUCUAUUGUCCUAGAAUUGAUUGCCAGAAAUUGAAAGAUGUAAUAUAUCAAAGACAGAGAUGAGGAGCAGGAGGACUAUUCAAGAUAAACAUUUCCGUAACCUAUGCAAAUUUUAUGGGGGUAGUAUUAUUACACAUGGAUCUGAAAUGUCAGUUCUAGUAUUUAUAUAGACUUCUCUAAUAAUAUCAGGUGAUAUUAUCUUUGAGUAAGUUUGAAUAUGAAUUGAAACAUAAAAAUGAGUGUUGUGAACUUUCUAGGAAAUAUUCAUUAAAACCAUUGAAAUAAAAAUAAGUUCAAGAAAGUAA